AUGAGUUCUUCAUCAAGCUCUCGUGAACCUUCACCAUCUAUGAAACAAACUUUACCAAACAAUUAUGGAGCACCUAUUGAAUAUUUCUUACGAGCUGCACAAUGGCAAAGAGCAGUCUCACCAAGGUUAGGUGUUCCACCAGCUCCUGUCAAAAAUAGCAUUUGGUCAAGUCCUUAUAUAAGAUAUGGUGUAAUGCAUGAAAAAUAG